UGCCGCGCGGGCAGCAUGUGGGAGCCGGCGGAGUUCGAGCGGCACUGGCAGGCCGAGUUCCCCGGGGAGCCGGCGCCCCGCAUGCAGCUGGGCUCGGUGCGGGACAUGGAGCUGGAGCUGGAGCGCUGCCGGGGGAAACUGAGGCAGCUGCAGCAGGCGCUGGCCGAGGAGAAGUUCAAAGUCCUUUACCUGGAGACGGCUCUGGCCCGGGAGCCCCCGGCCCCCUCCCCGGCCGGGCAGGCAGAGGAGCCGGCCCCCCUCCCGGACAUGCCCCCUGGCAAGCGGGGGGCCGCAGGGCGCGCCGUGCACAGCUUGGCCGCUGCCAUCCAGCACCAGCUGCAGCAGCACAAGCCAGCCCCACGGGCCCGGAGGCAGGGCAGGCAGCGGCCCCCCAGGACUGAGCACCCUGUGGGCAGGGGCACCGAGGAGGGGCCAGAUGGCCCGGCCACUGAGCAGGGCAGCGAUGCUCCAGCUGGGCACCCCCCUGGCCAGACCCAUGGCAGCGAGCCCCCCGUGCCCGUCCCCAGGGAGGCCCAUGGCAGCGAGCCCCCCGUGCCCGUCCCCAGGGAGGCCCAUGGCAGCGAGCCCCCCGUGGAUGUGUCCAGGGAGGCCCAUGGCAGCGAGCCCCCCGUGCCCGACCCCAGGGAGGCCCAUGGCAGCGAGCCCCCCGUGCCCGUCCCCAGGGAGGCCCAUGGCAGCGAGCCCCCCGUGCAUGUGCCCAGGGAGGCCCAUGGCAGCGAGCCCCCCGUGGAUGUGCCCAGGGAGGCCCAUGGCAGCGAGCCCCCCAUGCCCGACCCCAGGGAGGCCCAUGGCAGCGAGCCCCCCGUGGAUGUGCCCAGGGAGGCCCAUGGCAGCGAGCCCCCCGUGGAUGUGCCCAGGGAGGCCCAUGGCAGCGAGCCCCCCGUGCCCGACCCCAGGGAGGCCCAUGGCAGCGAGCCCCCCGUGGAUGUGCCCAGGGAGGCCCAUGGCAGCGAGCCCCCCGUGGAUGUGCCCAGGGAGGCCCAUGGCAGCGAGCCCCCCGUGGAUGUGCCCAGGGAGGCCCAUGACAGCGAGUCCCCCCCUGGGCACCCCCACAGCAGCGAGUCCGUCAUCCCUGGGGAAGCCCAUGGCAGUGAACCCCCCACUGGGCACCCCCAUGGCAGCAAUCCCCCUGUCCCCAUCCCUGCCCAGGCCCAUGGCAGUGAGCCCAUCUUUAGGGAGGUCCGUGGCCGGCAGCCCCACACCAAGAAUAUGCCUGGCCCCAGGGAGGGCAGUGCCGACCACGAGGAGGUGGAUGUGAGUGAGAAGUUCCUCCUGAACCCCGUCCUCUUUGGCUUCAGGAUCCUACCCCGGGGGUCCGGGGAGGAGCUGGACAGGCCCCACCGCUGGCCGCCCACCAAAGGGGGCAGGCGGCCGAAGCACAGCCGGGACCUGGACUCACUGGAUGGGCUGAAUGGGCACAGCUCCCCCGUGCAGCACGAAGAGCAGCACCCACUGCCCUGGAGACGCAGGCGACACUUGGAUGUGCCUGGCAGGGACUCCUCCAGCUGCAGCUCCCCGGAGAGAGGCAGUGACUGCAGCUACAACAGCUCUGACCACGAAGACGGCUCCUCAGCAGACUUCAACUACGGGGCGGAGGACUACGACGCCGAGGGGAAUGAGGAGCCCAAGGUGCCACCGGAGGGCUCGGAGACCAUGCCGUACAUCGACGAGUCGCCCACCAUGUCGCCGCAGCUCAGCGCCCGCAGCCAGGAGAGCGGGGAUGGCGUCUCACCCACGCCCACCGACGGCCUGGGCACUGGGGGCGAGCGGGAUGCUGGGAAGGGGCUGGAGAUGCGGAAGUUGGUGCUAUCGGGCUUCCUGGCCAGUGAGGAGAUCUACAUCAACCAGCUGGAGGCGCUGCUGCUGCCCAUGAAGCCGCUGAAGGCCACGGCCACCACCUCCCAGCCCGUCCUCACCAUCCAGCAGAUCGAGACCAUCUUCUACAAGAUCCAGGACAUCUACGAGAUCCACAAGGAGUUCUACGACAGCCUCUGCCCCAAGGUGCAGCAGUGGGACAGCAAGGUCACCCUGGGGCACCUCUUCCAGAAGCUGGCCAGCCAGCUCGGCGUCUAUAAAGCCUUCGUGGAUAACUACAAGGUGGCGCGGGAGACCGCGGAGAAAUGCAGCCAGAGCAACAACCAGUUCCAGAAGAUCUCGGAGGAGCUGAAAGUGAAGGGCCCCAAGGACUCCAAGGAGAACCACACCUCGGUCACCAUGGAAGCGCUGCUGUACAAGCCCAUCGACCGGGUGACGCGGAGCACCCUGGUACUGCAUGACCUUCUCAAACACACGCCGGCUGACCACCCCGACUACCCGCUGCUGCAGGAUGCCCUCCGCAUCUCCCAGAACUUCCUGUCCAGCAUCAACGAGGACAUCGACCCGCGGAGGACGGCAGUCACCACUCCGAAGGGGGAGACGCGGCAGCUGGUGAAGGAUGGCUUCCUGGUGGAGCUGUCCGAGGGCUCGCGGAAGCUGCGCCACGUCUUCCUCUUCACCGACGUCCUCCUCUGCGCCAAACUGAAGAAGACGGCCGUGGGGAAGCACCAGCAGUAUGACUGCAAGUGGUACGUGCCGCUGGCCGACCUGGUGUUCCCGGCCCCCGAGGAGUCGGAGCCCUCCCCGCAGGUGCACACCAUCCCGGACCACGAGCUGGAGGACAUGAAGAUGAAGAUCUCAACCAUCAAGAGCGAGGUGCAGAAGGAGAAAGCCGGCAAGGGGCAGAGCCGAGCCAUCGAGCGCCUCAAGAAGAAGAUGUUUGAAAAUGAGUUUUGGCUGCUCCUGAACUCCCCCACCAUCCCCUUCCGCAUCCACAACCGCAAUGGGAAGAGCUACCUGUUCCUGCUCUCCUCAGACUACGAGCGGUCGGAGUGGAGGGAGGCCAUCCAGAAGCUGCAGAAGAAGGACCUCCAGGCCUUUGUGCUGAGCUCGGUGGAGCUGCAGGUGCUCACGGGGUCCUGCUUCAAGCUGCGCACCGUCCACAACAUCCCCGUCACCAGCAACAAGGACGAUGACGAAUCCCCGGGACUCUACGGCUUCCUGCAUGUGAUCGUCCACUCUGCCAAGGGAUUCAAACAGUCUGCCAAUCUCUACUGCACGCUGGAAGUGGACUCCUUCGGGUACUUUGUCAGCAAAGCAAAGACCAGGGUUUUCCGGGACACGACAGAGCCCCGGUGGAACGAGGAGUUCGAGAUCGAGCUGGAGGGCUCGCAGUCGCUACGCAUCCUGUGCUACGAGAAGUGCUACGACAAGACCAAGCUCAACAAGGACAACAACGAGAUUGUGGAUAAGAUCAUGGGCAAGGGGCAGGUCCAGCUGGACCCGCAGGCCGUGCCGACCAAGAACUGGCACAUGGACGUGAUUGAGAUGAAUGGGAUCAAGGUGGAGUUCUCCAUGAAGUUCACGAGCCGGGACAUGAGCCUGAAGAGGACCCCGUCCAAAAAGCAGACCGGCGUCUUCGGGGUGAAAAUCAGCGUUGUGACAAAGCGGGAGCGCUCCAAGGUGCCGUACAUUGUGCGGCAGUGCAUCGAGGAGGUGGAGAAGAGAGGCAUCGAGGAGGUCGGCAUCUACCGGAUCUCGGGGGUUGCCACGGACAUCCAGGCGCUGAAGGCAGCCUUCGAUGCAAAUAACAAGGACAUCCUGAUGAUGCUGAGCGACAUGGACAUCAACGCCAUUGCGGGCACCCUGAAGCUGUACUUCCGCGAGCUCCCCGAGCCCCUCCUCACCGACCGGCUGUACCCCGCUUUCAUGGAGGGGAUAGCGCUCUCGGAUCCCGCCGCCAAGGAGAACUGCAUGAUGCACCUUCUCCGGUCACUGCCCGACCCCAACCUCAUCACUUUCCUCUUCCUGCUGGAACACUUGAAAAGGGUUGCCGAAAAGGAGCCCAUCAACAAAAUGUCCCUCCACAACCUGGCCACGGUCUUUGGCCCAACACUGCUGAGACCCUCCGAGGUGGAGAGCAAAGGACACCUCACCUUGGCCUCCGACAUCUGGUCCCACGACGUUAUGGCACAGGUCCAGGUUCUCCUUUACUACCUGCAGCACCCUCCCAUCUCUUUCGCUGAGCUGAAACGCAACACACUCUACUUCUCCACAGACGUGUAGCCUGCGCUGAGAAGGCACCAGCCGCACACGAAGCCAGCCUCCCGGAGCGUGGGGUACAGCACAGACUAGCCUCGCCCCUGCGGGGAGACGGGCACUUCCCCAGGGCAGUGCGCCCUGGCCCUGGCCCUGCGCGCCCCCUGUCUAGUAGUCGUGUCUGACGUACCUUCGUGGUCAGGAAUUGUUUUAUGUAUAUUUGUUCGACAGAAGAGAUAGUGACUGACAAGGGCCGCGGGCUCCUCGCUUCGUUCAUUUCCUGCCAGGCUCCCGUUCCUUUCACCCUCUCCAGCUUCAGCCAAGCGUCCCCCCGGCUCGCCCUGCUCGAAGCCUGCAGCAUCGCACCAGUGCCUGUUUGUUUUGCCUCGUCCCCUGUGCGUGCAUGUGCAGCGCUGCCCGGCCUCUCCUGCUUCAGAGGCUGAGAAGGGACCAAGGGCUCCCCCUUUCUACCCCUCAAGACAAUAAGCUCCACUUUGCCUUGCUGGCCGUGUGAACAGUGGACUCUGCUCCCUCUUGGAGCAAACCUUUGGCCACAAGAGUGUGUGGGGGGAGGAAGGGAGCUUUUAAUGUUGUUCCAGGUGCUUUAUGGUUUCAUCCUGUAGGGCCCGUGGCCUGUGCUUUCUGCCUGUUUGUUGUGUACGCUGUAGUUAUCCCCCCGCUGUUCUCCUCUCCGGCUGUGUUGUGGUGGGGGUAACCUGCUCUCUAGGAGGGGGUGGAGGUGCCUUUGGCAGGCUAGUGUGGGAAGAAGAAAGGGCUGUCAGGUUAUACUCCCACUACCACCCCGCCUCCGUCUGGGCAUGCAAGCUGAUUAGCCUCUAGCCCCCGCUGUGUCUCCAGGGGACGGCCGGGGUUCAGCCGGGCGCUCCCCGAAGCGGGGGAAUGCCCCUCAGUACUGCAGCGUGAGGGAGGAGUGACUGUCUCACAUACCUCGCCAAUGCCAAUGCCUUAGCACCCGUUCCUCUCCAGCCGAGCGCUGCCGCAAAGGCAUCGGCUAAUGGAGACCAGGCAGCCGCACCGUGUAACAGGGCAGCUAGGCUUCCUUCCCCAGCAUUAACGGGGGGCUCUUCCCUCCGGGAGCUACCCUGCUGAGAACCAGGCGAAGAGGGAGGGAGCCAGGCUCUGCUUUGGUGCCACAUGCAGGCCGGCCCCUUGUAAACACUGCAGGAGGCUGCCAGAGGCCGUAGGACAACAGCUGCUUUUUGCUCCUUCCUGCACCAAGGUGUAAACAGCUUCUGAGCUGAAAGUGAACUCGAAGGGCAGAGCCUCGUGGAGACGGGGGGCUGGAAGAGGCAAGCCCCGUGGCUUGAAACAGGAGCUGGAUUCUCCCCAUGUGGCCCUCCCUCAUUCCAUCAGCCAAAGCACAUCCAUUGCUCCAUUCAGCCGGCACGGGUACACGCCGUCCCCUGGGACAACUCCCCCCAGCUGGUUCCCUCCAGCCCUUGUGGCAAGGCAGCGAGGGCUCUGUCUGCUGGCUGGGACGUGCCCCACAGACAAACACUUGUAUCUUGUGUUCUCUUCUGUGGGCUCCUGCUCUCAUAGCUUGAGAGCACCCCCAACCUGCCCCCACCCCCAGAGCCUGCAGACGGGUGCUGGGACCUGCCAAGGAAACUAACCCUGCCUGUUCCCCCCACUGAGCCCCUGUUCUUGGGGAGAAAGCCCUGCCCACUGCCCCCCUACCCUCUGUGCCAAAUGCCGAUGGACAGCUGGUUUAUUUGGGGGUGACCAGGCAUAUCCCUUGUAUCAGCAGCACUGCCUUUAACUGCUGUUCCACAUGCUGAAAGCACCAGGCAUGGCCUGAAGACCAGCUUCAGGGGGGCUGACUGCAGCUGCUAGCCCCACAGCACUGAAGCAGCUAAAGGGAGAGGGAAGUCUUGCAAUUCCAGUCUAACGGGCUUACGCUCCAGCCCCUUGCCGCUGGCCUGCUGGCGGAGCAGAAGAGACACGGCGUUGGACACACUCACCAGGUGUCGCACUUUGCCCUGGAUAACGGGGCUGAGCUUAGAUCUAACUGCACAAUGGAUCCCUGUGUGUUCUAUGUACCUACAUCUGUCAACGGUGGUGUCAUUCCAAAGGGAGACUAUGGCCCGCCCCCACCCCAAGCCAGUUCAAAGGGCUGGAGGCCAGCCCCCUGCACAAGCUGUGGCAAUCCCAUGGGCUGUGUUUUCAUUUUUCCUACAGCGGGGUGGGAGGUGUCGGACUCUUGUGGCUACAGGUAGAAUAGAACAGUUCAUUAAUAUUUGACUUUUACUAAGUUAAGAUCUAUUUUUUGUUUGUGUUCGGUUUCAACUUCUGUAGAUUAUAAACUUUCAAUGGAUGUAAACCAUGUGAAAAAAUGUUAAUAAAAUGCAAAGCCCUGACGUUUGCACAAAAAGUA